AUGUUUAUUCGUUUGAAAAUGAGUUUGGCUAUUUUGGGAUUCGUCGGUGCUUUGAAUUUCGAUAACGAAUUAAGGGUUAUUUCGAUGGAUUGUUAUGAAAGAUUGGCAAUAGGACAAAGAAUAAAUUCAAACGAUACAUACAAAUCGUUUCCUUACAAAACUGUAACAGAAUGCAAAAAAGCUUGUUCAGAAGAAAAGUCCAAUUGUAAAGCAUUUGCUUUCGGAAUAUCAUCGAAAGGGAACGCUACUUGCGAAUUAAGCAAAAACGCCAUUAAAGAAACUGUUGAUUGGAAACCAAUUGGAACAAUUACUGACACAGACUUUGAUCUGUAUAUAAAAAAGUUUGGAUGCACUCUAGUUAACGAACCUUCCCAUCACAAACAUCCAGAGCAAAAUUUUCAUUCACCUACAAAACCCACUACUUUGGGUAAUGUCCCAGACGACAUCAGCACUCACGAUGCAUCAAAUGAACCGAUUCCACCGUCUUCUGAUAAUAAAAACAACGAAGAAAUCCAUAACGUGCACACGAUUGUGAGUGUAGCCUCAGGACCCCAGAGCGGUAUUCGAUCCAAAGCAUGGAAUUCUCGUCGCUGGGGCACACCAAAAUGAUUACAACUUUGGAACAAACACCCCGCCAUAUUUGUACAAUCAUCAUGAAUUCUACAACAAUUUUCGCCCCGAUAGCUAUGCGAGCAACUACAAUGGAAUUGCGGAAGAUACGAGGCCAUAUGGCCCUUUUGAGUACGCAGAUGUUGAUAGAUAUGAUUAUUCGCAUGAUAACAGAGUGUAUAAGGAUAGUUACAGAGAUAGAUGGCAGUCUAAUCAUCAUUUCUAUCCGCUACCAGAAAAAUACGGAUCGGUUAUUCCGCAUCCAGAUUACUACUACAAACGACAAGAUGUGGGAUAUAAACAUAAUAACAUUAGAGUACCGUUUCCACAGAAUUCUGUGUACGAAUACAAUCUUCCCUCGAAACCUGUAAAUGAAAAUCCACAUUUUUCCACUCAUGUGCCCGAUAAACAUCCCCAGACUGACACGCUGUAUGAAAAACCUCCGAAAAGAGUGGAUCAUGUUACUCAGAAUGAAAAUAAAGUCUCUUCGAAACCGAUAAUAAGGCAUAGUAUUGGAUCCAAAGGAGUGCACAUAACGUCGAUAAUAACUGAAAUUACUGAUAAAGGU